AUGCAAGAAUUUAUAGACAAACUCAAGAAAUAUGUAACUACCAUACUCCAUUUUGACCAAAAACAUUUCCCACCCCCCAUUACUUAUUCAUCCGCACUAUUCACAGCAGUGGCUCCGGAAAUUAGUAAGGGUUCGCAGAGUCUUGUCGAGAAGGUGGAUCAAUCCAGUCGAUUAGCUGACCCUGGUGAUCGGACAAACCUCCCUAAUCGAUCGGUGACAAAGAGAAUAACGCCGGCUCACCUACUGCUAGUCAACCAUUCUAUGAAGCAGCCUGGAUUUGGUCAACUCGUGUCGCGGUUGUGCACAACUGGCACCCGGUCAACAGCCAUACAACUGCCACCCGGUCGCCACUGCUUUCGUCUCUUUGCAGAAGCUCCUCUGGGGCUUGGCUACGUCAUCAGGUUGCUUGGUAGAUCAAGAAGACGGUCAGACUUGAGUAAAAUUGAGGUAAACUAA